CUUAGUUGGUGUGUAACAGAACUCUGAAAAGACGCAGUUUGAGCGCCACUUUAAAAUGUCAGAAAAACUCAUAACAGUUGAUGAUUUUGAACAAUAUGCCAAAACUUUCCUGAAAAAAUCCGUAUUUGAUUAUUACUGGUCAGGAGCCGACGAUCAGCAGACCUUACUUGACAAUGUAGCGGCAUUUUCGAGAUGGAGGUUGUACCCCCGUGUUUUGAGAGAUGUUUCUGUGACUGAUCUAUCAACAACUAUAUUGGGGCAAAGAGUCAGCAUGCCAAUAUGUGUUGGGGCCACAGCAAUGCAGCGGAUGGCUCAUCCUGACGGGGAAACGGCAACUGUGAAGGCCUGCAGAUCCCUUGGUGUUGGAAUGAUGUUGAGCUCUUGGGCCACAUCGUCGAUCGAGGAAGUAGCUGAGGCUGCUCCAGACAGCCUACGUUGGAUGCAACUGUAUAUCUACAAGGAUCGGAACCUUACCAGGACACUUGUGCAGAGGGCUGAGAGAUCUGGAUAUAAAGGAAUAUUUUUAACUGUGGAUACCCCUUACUUGGGUAGACGUCUUGAAGAUGUGCGCAACAAAUUCCAAUUACCACCUCAUCUAAGGAUGAAAAACUUUGAUUCUGAAGAUUUGGCAUUUUCGUCCAAGAAGGCCUAUGGCGAUAAUAGCGGAUUAGCUGUGUAUGUAGCACAGGCUAUUGAUGCUUCUAUAAAGUGGGAUGACAUUGAAUGGCUGAAAGGAAUAACAUCACUCCCAAUUGUUGUCAAAGGCAUUUUACGAGCUGAAGAUGCUAUGGAAGCCGUUAAGCGUGGAGUAAGUGGCAUAUUAGUGUCUAAUCAUGGAGCUCGUCAGUUAGAUGGUGUUCCUGCUACGAUUGAUGUUUUGUCAGAAAUCGUUGAAGCAGUAGAUGGAAAGGUAGAAGUAUAUCUAGAUGGAGGGAUAAGGAAAGGCACUGAUGUCCUUAAAGCCUUGGCCCUUGGUGCCAGAGCGGUUUUUGUUGGCCGACCUGCGCUUUGGGGCCUAGCAUAUAAAGGCGAAGAGGGAGUGAAAGAGGUUCUUAAUAUACUCAUGGAGGAAUUUCAAUUGGCAAUGUCUCUAGCAGGUUGUUGCAACGUGAAUGAAAUAAAGAGAUCUCUAGUACGUGAGGAUCGAUUUUCAUCUAAAAUGUAGUACAUGAAGCUUAAUAUGUAAUCAAAAAUUAAAUUGACUCAGGUUUUUAUGUGUGAAUUAGAUCUAUAUAUUUUUCUAAUACUUGGAAUGACUUGUACUGAUGUGAUAUAGUGUGGUUUAAUAAAACCUGAACACUAUUUAUGGUAAAAAUAAAGCAGACUUUCUUCUU